AUGCUUACCGUCAAGCAGCCACCAAGUUACGGCUACAAGUCUGUUCAUGAUCUUCCGACUCCGCCUUCAACUAGUCGACUCUCUCCCCCCUUGAUAUAUCAAGAACCGGCAACUAAAUCGCUACCUGUCGCUUAUAGGGGACACACUUCGCCAUCACAGCCCAUGUCGGCUCCUCACCGUGGCCUGCCGCCACCGGCAGCCAUGGCUCUUCCUCCCCAGCAGCCUACAACUGUUGGUGUUCCUCCACCUCCACCUCCACAUCAUCAACCUCUCCCACCACAACCACUACCGCAGCAGCCACAGCAGCAACCAUCAUUAGGGCCCCUCAUUCACCAACAGAGGGAUCGGGGCCAGCUGCCGGCUCCGCCUCAGCAAUGGCAAGGAGCGGAAGAGUCGAUGAAGCUUUGGCUGCAGGCGAGGACAGAAGAGGAUAGAACAAGACAAGAAGAAGAACGAACAAGACAGGAGAGUCUACGCCUAGAGCAACGCAGGGUUGAGAUGGAUAUGCUGCGGACAUCCAUUCAAGCGGGUAUCCCUCCCCCAAUGGUGCCAUUGGUUUUCGCGGGGAUGGGCGCGGGAGGUCUACCACCGCAUACUGCUUUAGAAUGGGCUCAACAGUUUAUGCCACCAGGACAAGUUCUUCCCCAUGCUCAGGCAACCUCUGCUCAAUGGCCUCUGCCGCCAGAGCAUCAACGAGAAUCUCAAUCGCAGCCGCAUACCCAACAGCAGGGCAUUCCUUCUGCGUCGACGCAAGCGGCCGGAUACGCAUACCCACCGUCGCCAUCGAGGCCCAGGGGUCAGACAGUGAGUGGUAUAAUGGGACGGCCUAUGGUGAUCAAGCCAGGCCACAUCGACAUACCCAACGUUCCGCAGCUCACUCAUGCUCAUGCAAUGCAUCAGAAUAUGCAGCAAGCUCAACAACAGCAUGAACCACAAGCGGGUUCUUCGAUAUACUUUCAUCACUGGCAACCGCCUAACACGCAGGCUGGUGGUAGCUCGAAUCGACCCGGAAGUCCUUCUGGGGAAACUCCCAGAAAGCGCAAAGCCACCGGGCAUGCCCUUUCCCCAACACGCAGCGAACAACAGUAUCGAUCACCGCCAUCAUUUAACCAAGGCAGCUCGUCGAAUGCGCCAUAUCGUGGGCCAAGUCAGGGCCACUCUCGGCAACGGAGUGACAUGUCGCCAUUCAGAGUUACUGGGCUAGGGCGUUCUCGAAGGGAGAGUUUCGGCGGGCCUCUGCGCCGAAGGUCGCCAAUACGAAGGUCACCGAUACGAAGGUCACCAGUCCCAACACCUAUGCCGCAGCAAGAACGACCAGGCAACGAACACAGCGAUUCGAGACAAUCAGUAUCAGCAAUUCUCUCAGAGGAGCCUCAGCCCGCCGGGCAAUAUCCUGGGCCUACUCGCUCAGGCGACGAGAGCGGGUCUCAAUACAGACGACGUUCCCCGGACGAUUCAAAGACGUUGGAGAAUAUUACAGAAACAUCAAAGUCGCGGGAUAGUGCAGGAGAUAGAUAG